UCCACUACGUGUGACCAAAGUUGACCCGCAUUCCUCAGGUUGCAGCGGCUCUGUCAGGCUGAUUCAUUUUAGGGGCGAACGGAGUAUAAACAGCGCCCGAAAACAGUAGCCGUCGCUGUCAGUGUUUAACAUGUAAAACUUGUUGUUGUUAAAUGUCCCUCGCAGCUGACAGUCUGCGGUGUGUUGGAGGAUUUGAAACAUCUGACUCGGAUCCGCAGCUGAAACAUCAAGUUCUACUUUUUGUUUGAGUGCACCUACAGCCUGCUGUAGUGGGAAUACCUGGAUACAAGAUAACUGAUGACGGAAGAACGUUUUGCUUUUCCUGGUUUUUGUGUCGGACAUGUCUGAGUUAAUAAGGAGGUGUAAUUAUUUCUUCCUCUAUGAUGGAUCUAAGGUCAAAGGAGAGGGUGACCCCACAAGAGAGGGAAUCUGCUACUUCUAUCCUGAAGAGACUCCUUUAGAUAAACAGGAGCUGCUGUGUGGACAGCUUGCUGGCGUAGCCCGCUGUGUCUCUGAGCUUUCCUCCUCUCCUGUUCGUGUGCUGAGGCUAAGCCGCAACAAGUAUGCCAUCCGCAUGAGAGAUGACUUCUUCUGGGCUCUGGGCUGCUCAGUGGAGGUCCCCACCAUCAGUGUCUGUGAGCUCCUGGAUCAGUUAAUAGAUCUUUAUUGUUUCUACAAUGGUUCUGUCCGAGAGAGCUACCAGCUCAACAGUCGGGAAACUUUGGCUGCUCGAUGGGCUCAGUAUCUCUCACACCUGCAGUCAGGAUCCUCAGAGCUUCAUCGCAUCUUCUGCUGUUUAAGGACCAUCGACUCUACUAAUGUCGACCCACUUCUGCUGCUCAAAGCGGCCCUCAUUCUUCAGGCCUGUCAGCGCUGCCCUCUAGUGUUAGCCGGCUGUAUUCUUUUCAGAGGGAGCGUUGUGAGCACACAGAUGUCUCCAGAGCUUACAAUGAAGGUCAUGGUUCAUGAGAGUGAAACGUACACCAAGGCCCAGAAGCCCAAUGGACCGAGCACCUCCAGCUCAUUCGGUGCUGCUGUCAGCUCCACUACAGUGUUCCUGACCAUGUCUGAACUCCAGUACCUGCAGUCCGCUCCUGUUGACAAAGAUUUCAGUUCCCAUUCUACUCCACGCAAAGAUGCCCCCCUGAAGAAGACCCGCCUGUCAAGAACAUUAUCUGACAUGGCCUCCACUGAGUCAGACUCAUCUGAUCCAGGUCCCUCCCAGUCUCCCCAGAAGGUGUCCUGCAGCCCUUGCUUGUCAGAAUCAGAUAACUCUGUGUUUAGCCCAUCUCCAUUACAGAACACCGCUGACCCAGUUAACCCCUCACCACAGUCCCUCAAGCUUCCUUUCUCAAAUGGAAAACACUCCCGUGAAGCUGAGGAUGAAGUGCUGGAGGAGUCAUAUUAUCAGAGCUUUCACAGCAAUGGAGGAGGAGACAGCCAGAUACAUAGCAAAGGAGAUGGCUCGGUGUCCCACCUCAACGGAGGUGGAGGAGAUGCUUGUGGGACGGUGUUCGACUUUCGAGGGAUUGAGUCCGGCAGUGAGGAAACACAUGAUGAUAAGGUGGUGGGAGAUGGUGGAGUUGGCUGUGGGAGUGCACAAGGUCACAAGGAGGAGGUGCGACAUCCUCCUCCUUGCUCUGGUUCUGUUGACAACCCAGAGGAGAGUCCGCUGAUCCCCAUGACGCUGUACCUGCACCGGGUUAAAGGCUUGGUGCUGGCCCUGCUGGUGGAGCCUCACUUCUUGAGUGACACAGCCUCUAUGGAGGAAGUGUAUCACAGCAGCCUGGCAUCACUCAAUGGACUGGAGGCCCAUCUGAGAACUAUCUCUCCAGGGGCCCCAGGUGCUCCAGGAGCCUACAUCUUUGCCCAUUUUGACUGCACUCAGAGCACAUUGACAACCAACCUGUCUGGUCGACCAGGGGGAGCCCUGGAGCAUCCUUUUGUCCGAGCCACAUCACUUCUUCACUCACAUUUCUGUAACACUGAGACUCUGCAGGAGGCUAUUAUCAGGAGUGCCGGCGCUGCUGUUUAUGGAACCCGCAGCGUGGCCCAGGAGACUUACUUCCAGCAGCACGGGGGAUCACUGAGAAACUCCGGCAUCCCUAACCACCAGGACAGCGCUUUCUCGCUGCCCAGCAAGGCCCGACACAGACUACUGAAACACGGGGUCAACCUGCUGUGAGUGAGACAUCUGCUCUCACACAACUUAUUUAAUGAAGAAUUGUCCUGUGAAUAACUUAAAAAUCAACACAGAAGAUUUGAGAAAAGAAAUAGGAUUAAAAGUUUCCUCUGUUUUUGGUCACUGCUGUGGUUAUCUGGUUCCCACAACAGCUUGUAUAUGUGCAUAUGAUGUUUUUAUGCACAACAUUUUUUUCUAUUUAUAUCAUCACUAUUUGCUAUGAAAAUAAGUUUUGAAUAAUGUCUUUUGUUAAGGUUUUGGCAGGUUAUGUUUCAUGAGGUUUUAGUCAUAGUUGUAGUUUUUUACCUGAGUACAAUUUGUCCACAUUUUAUUUCUGUUAUGCUAAAACCCAAUGCUCUUUGUAUCAACCACAAUUUUAAGCUCCUGCACACAUUUUGCAGCCUUCUCACUUUAGACAUAUUUUAAGUUCAGUCAUGUCCUGAAUGCAGUUAAUGUAAUAAUUCCUCCUCAUUCUAUUUAUUCAUUUAAAAACAAAUUUAGACUAGUGCCUUUCCUGUAUACUGCAAAACUGUGUUGGUAUUUUACAUACAUUUCUAAAAUAAUCUUUAAAAAACUUUUAUAAAAAUGUCUAUUUAUUUCAAAUCAACUCUUUGUUAACAAAAAAAAUGUAUUUAACUAUUCGGCUACUAGAUCUACAGUCGUCCCCCCCCGCCCCCCGCCCCCACUCAAUGAUGUGUCAUUUGUUACAAAAUGUCUGAAUUCUGAGAAGAGAUUCGCUGUGGUGCAUUAUUAGUGGAAAUUAAAUGAAUACACGAUCCUCUCA